UAACCCACAGCAUGUUAAAGAAGGUUCUGCUGCUGGCUCUUCAGAUGAGUCUCCUAGGAGCUGCUUUCGGUGGGAAUGUUCUCAUUUGGCCGAUGGAAGGCAGCCACUGGCUCAAUAUUAGGAUGAUCAUAGAUGAGCUGCUCAGGAAAGACCACAAUGUGACUGUCCUGAUGGCCUCGGGGGCACUGUUCAUUGCGCCGAUCUCUCAACCCUCUCUCACAUUUGAAAUAUAUGAGGUGCCCUUCGGCAAAGAAAAAAUAGAGGGAGUGAUCAAGAACUUCAUUUUGACAUGGCUGGAAAACAGACCCUCUCCUUCAACCAUCUGGAGAUUUUAUCACGAGAUGGCCAAAGUCAUCCAGGACUUCCACAUGGUGUGCAGAGAGAUCUGUGAUGGUGUCCUCAAAAACAGAAAGCUGAUGGAGAAGCUGGAGAGCAGCAAAUUUGAGGUCCUGUUAUCGGAUCCAGUGUUUCCUUGUGGUGACAUAGUAGCUUUGAAACUAGGGAUCCCGUUCAUGUACUCCCUGAGGUUCUCCCCAGCCUCCACUGUGGAGAAGCACUGCGGGAAGGUGCCCUACCCCCCCUCCUACGUCCCCGCUGUCUUGUCAGAGCUCACUGACCAGAUGUCCUUCACUGACAGAAUAAGAAAUUUCAUCUCCUACCAUCUCCAGGACUACAUGUUUGAAAGACUUUGGAAGCUAUGGGAUUCCUACUACAGUGAAGCAUUAGGGACACCCACCACGCUGUGUGAGACCAUGGGCAAGGCGGAGAUGUGGCUGAUCCGGACGUACUGGGACUUCGAGUUUCCUCGCCCGUACCUGCCCAACUUCGAGUUUGUUGGCGGGCUGCACUGCAAACCCGCCAGACCCCUGCCCGAGGAAAUGGAAGAAUUUGUCCAGAGCUCAGGAGAAGAUGGUGUUGUCGUGUUUUCUCUGGGAUCAAUGGUCAAAAACCUCACAGAAGAAAAGGCCAAUCUCAUUGCCUCCGCCCUUGCCCAGAUUCCACAGAAGGUUUUAUGGAGAUACAAAGGAAAGAAACCAGAUGCGCUAGGGAACAACACUCGGCUCUACGACUGGAUACCCCAGAAUGACCUUCUAGGUCAUCCCAAAACCAAAGCUUUUAUCACUCAUGGUGGAACUAAUGGGAUCUAUGAAGCUAUUUAUCACGGGGUCCCCAUGGUGGGGGUUCCCAUGUUUGCCGAUCAGCCUGAUAACAUUGCUCACAUGAAGGCCAAAGGCGCAGCGGUGGAGGUGAACUUGAACACAAUGACCAGUGCAGAUUUGCUCAGGGCCUUGAGAACAGUCAUUAAUGACCCUUCAUAA